AUGAACGAUGGUGUUGUUUCCAGUAGUUUAUAUGAUAAUCCAUCAACAUUCAGCACAUCUCUAAUAUAUCUUAAUCUUAUUGUAAACAACAAAGUUAUGAAGGCGAUGCUUGAUACAGGUGCCAAUCGAACUUUUAUUUCUAUUAAUGCAUUACAUCUAGCAUAUAGCGCACAACUUAUUAAUAAAUCAUAUCGUCGUGUAAUUUUAGCUGAUCGUUAUACAUCUCUUUCUAUUCUUGACACAGUACAUUUAUCUCUUAACAUGGGAGAUAUGCUAACUUCUAUUAAAGCAUUUAUUGUUAAAGAAUUAUGUGCUGAUUGUAUUUUAGGUAUCGAUUUCAUUAAUAAGUAUAAAUUAAUUAUUAAUACGGAAGAACAAAUGGUUUCAAUUAGUGAUAAUUAUAAAUGUACAACAUAA